AACGGCACGGCAUUUGCUACCUCACUCUCGCAGAAACAUGCGAAAUCUGCCCUUAGAGAUACGGAAAGGCCUAUCUUCAUUCCCACGUUCCAUGCCAUCUCCCUGAUAUGAGAUCCGCCGACACAAAGCCCGUUAUCCAUCUGUCGGAUCAUGCAGCCAAACGCCGAAUACAUGGGCCUUCGGACACCUCGAAGGGCAAGCAACAUGUCUCGACCAAAAAAAGCGAAAGCAUGUCAGAGAUGUCGCUCGAGGAAGCAGCGAUGUGAUAAUCAGGUGCCUACGUGCCGGAACUGUGCUUCGGCCAAUAUAGAAUGCAUACCAGCCAGCCAUGAACCUAUGGGAAUGUACUCAGUGUCCUAUGUCAGAUCUCUUGAAUCUCAGCUCUCCAACUUCCAAGAUCAUCCAGGUGAACCAAUUUCAAACCAAAUAGUCAACCAGCCACACAGUGAUAGUCCUUCUCGACAGAUACUCGAACAGCCAAUCAAUCACAAUGUACUAAAUCACGGCGGACUCGCCCCUCAAGAUGCCCCAGAACAGCUUGGAAUGACCUAUCUGGCUCCUCUAUAUACUCCAAAUAACAUGUUAUAUGACCUGGACUUGCUGCAACAAGAAGAAAAUUUGUUUUCUAUCAGCCACAUCCCUCCUGUUAGUCACCGUGACACAACCACCAGCCCUGUUGCAGCAAGCGAUACAACGGUCCCGGUACAAUCGCUCAGCCAAGCGACUGCUCCUACGGUUGCUGAGGUUUCCAUAAAUGAAGGCGCUUGUUUCUUUCAAACCUAUUUUGAAACCGUCCAUCCACGGUAUCCUUUUCUUGACGUUGAAGAAUGCAGUCGAGCAUAUCAAGACUGGAAAACGGGUGAUAUUUUCAUCUCUUCCGGAAGCGCGUGGAGCUCAUAUCUUGUCAAGAUGAUAUUUGCGAAUGGCUCCAUCCUCCGACAAGCGCGCCUGGAUUAUACGACUCGUCGACAACACCGCGACUUGAUGCUUCAAGCCCAGGCCGAUCAAAGUAUCAUGACAGAUUCCACCCACAAACCAUUAAUCCGACUUCAAGCGAUGCUGUUGUAUGCUAUCCAUGCGCUACACGGUGAGAGCACAUCACGCUUGGUCCACAUCAUUGGGGUAGUCAUGCGCUUUGCAGUGUUACACCGAUUCAAUCGCCUGGUAAACGAUGGGACUGAUGAGACCAUCAUGUCUAUCAAAGCGUGGUGGUGUAUCUACUCACUGGAUAAAGUAGUGGCAAUCACGUUGCAACUACCUCCAUAUCCUCCUGAAGAAUGGAUCACCACUCCGUCGUACGAAAGCAGAUUCGAACCGCAAUUUGAAAUGCCAUGGGCGUCGGACGUGCCUGGAUCGACAGAACGUGCGAUAUACAACUUUGACCUGAGUUACUACGCACAUAUGUGCCGAAUCAGACGAAUCCAUUCCAGAAUCCUCACUGCAACUCAGGAUCUCGCACCAGGGACGGAAACAAAGUUCAUUGAAGAAAUGCGGGCUGAGAUUGAUCAAUGGUCGCAGCGUGAUAAGAUGUAUGCUUAUGGCCGCCCAAAUACAGAAGGACACGCAAGUCCUCUAGGAUUGACACACGUGGCUGAUAUCACGCGAGUGUUUCUUUACAGCUCCGUCAAGGCUGAUAUCAAUUCUCCAUUGACAGACGAGCUCCUGCAAGCAUGUUGCGACACGUGCACGGGGUUCAGAGCAUUGCAGAAGAAGCGACAGAUUCCUAAACAUUGGAUUGAUAUGCUAUUUCAAUUCCAAACCGGCGUGACAAUCAUCUACCAACUAUGGCGGAGAGGGACACCGAUAUCAAAAGCUGCCGACCGAGCCAUCCGCGACUGUACAUCGAGCUUGGCCAUCUUCGCUGACCGGUCGCAAAACACCGAUAUCUACCGUGAUUGUUUGGACGUACUGGCUAGCAGUAUCACUCGAUCGCUACCGCCGGGCAAGAUCGACGAUGAGUCUCGUCAGGAGCUGGCGGCCUUGGUCCAGCAGAUCGUUGAAAGCGGUAUCGCUCCUCAUGUCGCUGCCAAAUUGUCUGAAAUGACGGCCAAUUUUGAGUCUGGCUGAUGAGAAAACUACUGUGGUCGCAUGGCUACUAGCCAAAAUACGACCGUGUGGUUCAUGCACAUGACUUAUGGGUUUACGAGUUGAUCGAGCGCUGAAAUGACUUUGAAAUUUUC